AUGUUUGCAACUCAGCUUCGUAGUCGGCUUCCGAUUCUGAGCUCCUCCGUCCGCCACCGGACUUUCUCGGCGACGGCCGCCAAGCCCGCCGAUUUCACCCAUGCCGUCAUUGGCGGCGGCGUAGUCGGCCUGGCCGUGGCGCGGGCGCUGGCGGCCCACGGCCCGACGGUGCUGCUCGAGCGCCACACGGCCGUCGGGACCGAGACGUCGGCGCGCAACAGCGAGGUCAUCCACGCGGGCAUCUACUACGGCGCCGACUCGCUCAAGGCGCGGCUCUGCAUCCGGGGCAAGCAGCAGCUGUACGACUUUUGCGCCGGGCGCGGCGUCGCCCACGCGCGGACGGGCAAGUGGCUCGUCGCGCAGACCCCGGCGCAGCGCGCGCGGCUCGACGAGAUCCACGCGCUGUGCCGCGACGCGCUGGGCGUGCCGACGCGCUGGGUCGGCGAGGCGGAGGCGGCGCGCCGGGAGCCCGGGGUGGCGGCGCGGGCGGGCGUGCUCGAGAGCCCCUCGACGGGCAUCGUCGACUCGCACGGCCUCAUGACGGCGCUGCUGGCGGACCUCGAGGACCGGGGCGGCGAGCUGGCGCUCGGCGCCGACGUCGUGGGCGCGGCGCCGCUGGGCGAAGGCGGCAGGGGUGCCGGCGGGUGGGAGGUGCGCGUGCGCGACCGGCAGAGCGGCGAGGAGUCGGCCAUCACGAGCGAGACGCUCGUCAACGCGGCCGGGCUCGGCGCCGCGGCCGUGCACAACAUGAUCGCGCCCUCCGCCGAGCGGCGGGUGCGCCUCUUCUUCGCCAAGGGCAACUACUUCAGCUACUCGGGCGGCGGCAGCAGCGUCCCGCGCGUCAAGACGCUCAUCUACCCCGUGCCCGAGCCGGGCCUCGGCGGCCUGGGCACGCACCUGACGCUGGACCUGGCCGGGCGGAUGCGCUUCGGCCCGGACGUCGAGUGGGUGGACUCUCCCGACGACCUGGCCGUCAACGCGGCGCGGCUGCCCGACGCCGUCAGGGAGAUCAAGAAGUACCUGCCCGGGAUCGACGAGCGGGACCUGACGCCCGACUACGCGGGCAUACGGCCCAAGCUGAGCGGUCCCGGGUCCGAGGACUUCGCCGACUUUAUAAUACGAAAAGAGGAAGGAUACGAGGGCUGGAUCAGUCUCUUGGGCAUCGAGAGUCCCGGCUUGACUAGUUCAUUGGCCAUAGGGGAGAUGGUAGAGGGCCUCUUGUAUAAAUAA